AUGUCUGAGACCAAACAUCUCAGUUUCGGGGAGCUCGUCGACCGCCCCGUUCUUCGACUCCCUCGGCUGAAGGGCCUACGUCUCGACCUCGAUAUGCAUGGCUGGGACAUUAACAUAUUCAUCAAGUCAUUGUCUAUACCGUCAUCCGCGCAACUUCUAGUCUACAAAGCAAAGUUUAUCGCCGUUGGCGACUUCGCACUUUUCGAAACGGCCUUCAAAACAGUGACGGCAGCGACCAACGAGGAGAUAGCGCUGACGUUGACCGGGAACGACUUCAAGCUUGAAACGGCCCCUCAUCCUGGCCAUCCACGUCGUCUCAAAGCUGAGAUUACCGGCAGCAAUUUGGGCGACAUCGCGUAUGCCUUGCACGGUCCACAACUCGGGCUACAAGACGACUUCAAACGAGUUACACAUCUCACAAUACGUUUUCCGCCACAUUACCCUGUUGAAGCUUGGGAACACAUUUUUCAUCUGGUUAAAUCAGCGGACACGCUGGAGAUAGCCGUCAACGGCCCUCCAAACGAUGUACGCGGGGUGCCAGCCAUUUUCGAGGCGCUUGAGCAAUGUUUCGACGAAUAUAACAUACCCUUGCCCUCGUUGCCCCUUCCGAACCUCGCACAUAUCGUGUUGCGAUUGCAGCUCCCGGCUACUUUGGCGCAGACGAUCACACGCAAACACAUCGUCGAAUGUCUGCAGACGCGUGCGUUUGCCGAAGCGCGCCCGAUCCAAACCCUCUGCCUGUAUGGAGCCUUGAGAGAUACUGCCCUCGUCCAUCUCUUGCGAGGACUGGUCAGUCACUUGGAGUGGAAGAAUGAAUAG